AUGAUCCCUCAUUCCUCUGCCGGCGUCCAACAGUGGGGUCAUCAUCCCCUUCACGCCCUGAAUCCGGGCGCUGGACGCACCGAUACGGCUUCGGCGCUGGGCCCGUCGGACCUCCAGCUGGAGAAGGCGCCCAUGUCUGCGCCUCAGCCCCAACUACGACAACCGGCGGUCGUCGACCUCACAACACACUCUGGCGAUACAUCUGAGAGGGAACCGCCGUCAAAAAGACUCCGCCUGGAUCUGCCAUCCGUUGCGUCCACAGGUGAUGCGAGUCCGGCGUCGGGGAACGGUGAGCCGCGGAAUACCCCCAGCACCAGCACCCCUACCGCAAAGCCAUCUUCUCUAUCCUGGCGUGGUCGACCAGUAUGGUCGUUCCAAGCGUUGAUAUCGGAGAUCCCCGGAAGUGGUGGAAUGAGCGAGGAGGAUGCUGCUGCCGUUGCGCAGAGUGGGAAACCGGCGUCGCCGCCCCCGUUUCCUGUCCUCCCUUGGAAAUACGCACCUCCGGAGGCCGCGGGCAAUAAGUCCGUCAAAUCACGGGAUUCUUCGCCUGCAAAGAAAGUACAGACAACCCCGUAUCAUAUCGAGUGCCCGUCCGUGGCCCCCGUUCUCAAAGGCCAGAGUAAGUGCCCCUCCGUGGAGUGGACGCCGAAAGACCCAUCUAACCAUCGCGGUCAAUUUUCAGAAGUAGCGGACUUCUCCCCGUGGACCGGAAAUCACCCGGAAGAUGUCCUUAAUGAACAGACAGCGAAGCAGGGACAUUACGACCGCACACAAGUCUCCCAAAAUGAAUCCAACACCGCCCGACCUUCCUUAUACGCCCAGCUCAAGCAUCGCUCCGGCUUGCAGAUGCUUUCCUCCGUCUUCGCUGCUGCCCUCGAGAAGAGGCAAAGCCACAAUCUAGUCAACGCUCCCUCCACCUUCAAACCACCGCCGCGAGUCACCUUGACCGACAACAAACGCGAGGCAUGGCUUCGAGAUCUCGCCAAUCCCUCUGUUCCGCUGCGCCGGUUGAGUCGAACCAUCCCGCACGGCAUCAGGGGAAAGGCCCUUCUGGAUCAAUGCUUGAGCAAAUGGAUUCCUGUCAACCGCGCCGUGUGGCUGGCCAAGUGUGUGGGUGCCAAUGAAAUUCGCGCGUUCAAGCGGAAGGGGACUAGCGGAGCGGUGGUUAUAGGCUUAGAGGCCAAAUGGGUCCGUGAAUGGACUGCACAUGUACAGCAAUUCCUGGAGGGCCUGGUUGCUGCAUGCGGAACAGCUGAUUGGAAGAUGAAGAUGACAUAUGCCGUCGGACUGACUGCACGUCUUUUUUUCGAACGCCUGCUUGAUGACGAACAAUACCUCGGGUGGUUUCUGUCUUCACUGGAGGCUGCAUCCCUCAAUACGGUCCCUGUGUGGCUCCUCAUGCUGGGGAUCUACUGGGACAGUAUUAUGCGGUACCGCAAGCGUGGACGUCGACUGGCCGAAGCGUUGUUAGAGAAGCUCCGUCAGGUCACGAACCCGGAACAUGCCACCACUCUCCGUCCACUCGUCGAUCGAUUGUCACUUCAUAUCAGAACACUCGUUGUCGAGCACACGUCUUCGGUCAUCCUUCCUAAUUCGUGGGCAAAGUACAAGGAUCUUGUGCUUUCUUGUCUAAAUAUGAAAGACAAUACUCACAAGGCCAUUUUCCAAAAUGUUGCGGAACGCAAUGCCCGGAUCCAAUUAUCCAAGGAUCGACAAGAUUCUGGACAACGAUCACCACAACAGCGUGUCAUCCAUCUAUUUGACGCUGUCUGUUCCACCCAUGAUGUUGCAUCAGCCGCCGCCGCGUGUUUAAAGACUAUAGAUGAUAAAUCCCUUCUGGUGACCAAACUUCUGGAGUGGACGGCGACUCCCUUCCGCUGUGGUCUGUGUCGCGUGUAUACUGCUGUGCGCCUUCUCCGGAAAUGGAAGAUGUCAGGAGUAGAUAUCGACACCUACAUCCUUUCAUUUCUUACCAGAACCGGUAAUCGUGCUUCGCUGACCAUGGACAAUAUCUACCACGUCAUUUCGGAGCUGGUCAGGUCUCAGACAUUCUCUGUGGGGCGAUACUUGCAAUGGCUGAUGGCGAAGGGCGUUUCGUCCAGCAACCAGUCAGAUCAUUCCAUCGAUCUGUACCUCUUGAAGCAGCUUCCUAUGACCCGCCUCCCAGACCACGUGCGCAAUCUGCGCAACACGCUUUUGUACCGUGCCGGUGUCCCUGCAACGUUGGAGGAUUCGACCAUUGCGGAGCUCAAGGCCUCGAUCGCUGGGCGACUUCCCAAUAUAUUCGGCAAUGAGGUUGAACACACGAUGGUGGUGGAAUCACCAUCCCUGGAUUUAACCUGGGCCGUCAAAUCCGAAAUCGGUCAAUGGCUUCGACGUGGUAUUUCCGGGCACUGUCGCAACGCAACUAGUGCAAUGGCUGGAAUUACUGUGCCUGCUGAUAGGAACGUUUCCCGUCUCACUCCCGAUGAGUUCUACCACAUACGGGACGUUCUGGAGAGUUUUGGAGACCUAUCUAUGCUUGCAGAUGUGGUGAAACAGACGACUAGCUGUGACGACAACAUUGUUCUGGCCUCUGCGGCUGACACGGUAAACUACCAUUUUGACUCGUUUUGUGUCAUUGGCGCAACGUCGGAUCUCUUCAGGAGCUUGGUGGAAUCGUAUGCUCGGUUGAAACGACUGGGCACUCCUAACCUUGACUUGGUCUUUUCCCUGAUUGAGCUUGGACUUCGACUUCCGCAAGAGUGUAAUACUGUUGCUCUUCUUCGUCAGGACCUUUUGCGUAUAGAAAGCAAGUCGGCAUUGGCAGCACCAUCGCCUUUAUCGGAUAACCCGUCCACCGCCAUCAAUGAAGCGGAUCCGUCUUUUCGCUCCAAAUUAGACCAGCUCCUUUCGUCCGGUGGUGGCAUGGAUGAAUCCACUAUGGCCUCGAUUUUUGCUUCUCUGACCAAUAUCCUCACCGGGCGCAAUGAGGACGUGAAGCUUUCAGCAAACGAAACAUGUCGGUACUUAGCCUACCUCAGACCCUUCCAUCCCAAGCAUUUCGAUGCCAUGUUGGUUCGAUGGGUGUGUGGGCUCUUGAAGAGCUCUGCUCGCUCGACCAUGCCGCACAUCCUGCCUCCUCUUAUUGGAGUCGGUUGUGUGACGAUACAUGCAUUUGUGUUCUUGGUCAAGAAGCUCCUGCAGUCAGAAAGGAUAGCUUCCAAAAUACCCAAUCCAGCUCGCCUAAAGAUGGACAUCUUGGACCUUCUAGUGCCCCCGGCACCAGGACAAAGCAGGUACUUUGAUUUGGUCACAUAUCGCUUCCACCUCGCGCAGCAGGAGUUCCUCCUCAAAUACUACAAGGAAACGUUGGACAUUAUCUGCGAUGCUCUCUCCACAAAUGCAGCUGCUGCAGGGAUCAACUCGGAACUUAGGAGUUCGGCCACCACGCUCCUCCGUCUUCUCCUUGCUCAGGAGCCCGAAGACGUGGUGCAGUAUUGUCUGCAAAAGAUUAGUGCUCAGCACUCUACCUUUACUUCCGUCCUGCAGGACACGUUGGAUCAAUUAUUGCAAUCUGUUUCACUGCAUGAUCCGCAAGUCUCCAUGGCCGAGAAUGUUAUUCGUACGACUGACGACUUCUCACUUCCAUUCUGUCAACUCAAGCUUCAGGUGCUCUCUAAUGCUGAAUCUAAAGAGAACAUGGGAGACGGAAUUGUGGACGUAAUGUUCAAGGCUGCAGUGGCGGACACCCGCGCCAAAGGGUCCAACUGGAUAGGUCUGGUACGGUUGAUGAGUCCGAAUUCAGUACAGCAGAUUCGGGAGCGAGCUGAGAAAGAGUUCUUUGCUGUCCCCCUCUUCGCAGAAACUCUCGGUGAUCAAUCAUUAUCCUAUGCACCAAAUACGGAGGCCCUGGAAACCGCCAAGCUAUACCUCACCAUAAUCGAUAAGCUUGCAUAUAGCAUUCCGGAGGCUGGUGUGCAAAGUGUGGGUCCUAUUCUCGUAGAGAAGAUGGACCUGCUGCUUCACAAGCUCGUAGUCAUGCAGACAAGCCUAGUCACCAGGCAAGGUGUGGUCUCCGAUCAAGCGACUCAAUCCCGUGCAAAUUUUGAGAGAGCACUGGCCUUCUGGUUCUCGGCCCUGUUGAGAAUGAUCGUCAUUCAUCGGACUGCAUUCAAUGUGCCAAGUUCAGUGCCUAGAGCGACGGUCGUCCAAGACCAAUCUCGUCUCCUGGUCUCGAUUUUCUGCAUUUCGCUCGCGCGUCUUCCGACCAAUAUCCUCCGUCUCUAUCCGACAGCCGACUAUUUUCCCCAUCCUAUCUCAUCUGAGGGCUACCGUCCUUGUCCCGGCAUCUUACUCCAAACCCAUGCUUUGGACGUUGCAGCGUCUCUUAUUGACACAUUCCCGGACGAAUCUCGACAGCAAUGUGCUCGUUUCCUCAAGGACAAAUGUCCUCCUUUCCUCCAGUUCCAGAACGACAAUCGGUUUUCCUAUCUUCUGGGGCCUGUUCCCGAUGCGGGAACCUCGAACAUUCCACCUCCUGCCUCUGUCCCCUCUCCUGCUGCCGCUGCAGCAUCCACUCCUACGCCCACUCCGUCCAGCGGCCUGCCUCCCGGGUCGUCCACCCAGCAGGCAUCCUCCACGCUCUCUGGUAUUCCAACCGGUGUCUCCGAAGACUGCGUGGCCAGCCGCCUUCGUCUCCAAUAUCGUGGCCGAACCAUCGGGCCGUACCCGGUCCGGCCAUGGGAGCUCCUCGAGGACGCAGCACCAAUUGUGGGAGUCAACGACACUGCAGUGAACCUCAAAUUCUUUGAUGCUCGACGGGUCAGAGCAUAG